AUGUCGACUCGUACGUACAAGAAAUUUGAAGCUUCAGAUUCAGGGGAUAUCCCAGAUAAAAUGACAAUCUACCAAGAUUGUAUGAAUCAAUUCAAUGAGUCUCCAGUAAAUAGCAAAAGAUGUAGAACCCUGUUGUCCCGACUAUUACGUCUGUUGGCCAAUGGAGAAACUUUUACCGAAAGUGAAGCCACUGCAUUGUUUUUCUCUGUCUCCAAAUUAUUCCAACAUCAAAAUGAUUCUCUAAGACAAUUGGUCUAUUUGGCCAUCAAAGAAUUGAGCAAGAUCUCCCAAGACGUGUUGAUGGCCACUUCCUCCAUUAUGAAAGAUGUCCAAAACGGCUCCGAUCUAAUCAAGCCAAACGCAAUCAGAUCAUUGACUGUGGUUUUGGAUGAAACUACCGCGUUCUCUGCAGAAAGAUUAUUGAAAAGUGCCAUGGUUAGUAAACAUCCAACUAUUUCUUCUGCUGCCAUUGCCACCUGUUACAAUUUAUUGCCAGUCUCCGAACAAACCAUUAAAAGAUUCUCCAACGAAGCUCAAGAAGCCAUUGUUGAUUUGAAAUAUUUCCCACAAGAUCCCUCAAAUACCGAAUUCUAUCCAAAUUCCACUUUCAUCACUCAAUACCAUGCCCUAGGGUUAAUCUAUGAAUUGAAAAAAAAUGACAAGAUGGCUCUAUUGAAACUUGUGAACCAAUUCGCUGGUAACAAUUCCAUAAAGAGUCAAAUCGCAAAAGUUCAAUUGGUGAAAAUCGUUAGUGAAUUGGUCAAUAAAGACCCUCAAUUGUUCACUCAAUUCCAACCUUUAUUCAAUAAUUGGUUAGGUAACAAAUUCGAGUCAAUUCAAUUAGAAACGGCCAAAUUGAUUACAAAUUUCCAUGCCACACAUCCUCGUCUAGUGGCUCCUCAAUUAUUUUCCAUUGCCAUUGCCACUUUACAAAACUUAUUAUCUGUACCAAGAGUCGCUACAAGAUUCUCUGCAUUAAGAAUUUUAAAUAGACUAUCUAUGGUCACUCCAGAUCACGUUGCAGUUUGUAAUCCAGAAUUAGAAUCCUUAAUCAAUGAUUCUAAUAGAAAUAUUUCCACUUAUGCAAUUACUAUUCUAUUGAAGACAGGUACCGCUAAAAACAUUUCUUCAUUAAUCUCCACAAUUACAAAAUUCAUUCAUGAAGUUUCAGACGAUUUCAAAAUCAUUAUUAUCGAUGCAGUAAGAACUUUAUCUUUGAAUUUCCCUCAAGAAUGGAAAUCAAUCUUAAAUUUCUUGAUUGAUGUUUUGAAAAAUGGUGAAGGUGGUUUCAAAUUUAAAAAUAAUAUCGUAGAGGCCAUUAUCGAUGUAGUAGCAUUUGUCCCUCAGUCUAAAGAAAUGGCUCUAGAAAACUUGUGUGACUUUAUUGAAGAUUGUGAAUUUAAUGAAAUCUUAGUUAGAGUCCUACAUUUAUUAGGUAAAGAAGGGCCUACAGCAAGUAAUCCUUCCUUGUAUGUUAGACACAUUUAUAAUAGAGUUGUCUUGGAAAAUUCCAUCAUUAGAUCUGCAUCUGUCAUUGCCCUAUCAAAGUUCGCAAUUUCUAAAAAUGAUACUUCUUUAAGAGAGUCCAUUGUAAGUUUAUUAAAGAGAAUCGCCAAUGAUAAAGACGAUGAAGUUAGAGAUAGAGCUACUAUUGCCUUGAAAUUCAUUGACACUUCUACUGCUAAUGAGCCAACAUCCUCCUUAGCUGAUGAAUUAAUUCAUCCAACCUCGGCUUAUGAUUUAGCUUCAUUAGAAUCUAAAUUAUCUUCAUACUUAUCAGAAAAUAAUGAUUCGUUUAAAACUCCAUUUGAUGUCACUAAUAUUCGUAAAUACUCAGAUGAUGAAUUAAAGGCAAUCAAUUUGAAAAGAAAACAAGAACAGUUACAAAAGGGUACUUUUGAAAACGGUAUGGAAUCUUCUCCUAAGAUGGCCAAGAAAUCAGAUAACAAAUACGGUAAGAGAAUCGAUUCAGAUACUUAUUCCAGUCCAAACAUUGAUGAACAACAACAAGAAUUAUUAGAUACUAAAUAUUCAGAUGAAUUAUUAUCCAUGGCAGAAUUCCAAAACUUUGGUAAGUUGGUUAAUAGCUCAAAGAUUGUAGCAUUGACUGAACCAGAAGCUGAAUUCGUCGUCCGUGGUAUCAAACAUAUUUUCAAAGAUCAUGUUGUCUUCCAAUUCAAUAUUACUAAUACUUUAACCGACGUUGCUCUUGAUAACGUCGUAGUUUCAUGUAACCCAGAAGAACCAGAAGAAUCUCAAUUACAAGAAUUAUUCAUCAUUCCAAUUGAAAGAUUAUUACCUUCUGCUGAAGCUUCUUGUUAUAUCGCAUACAGUAAGACUGAAGACGUAGUCACUGAAAGUUUCUUAAAUACAAUUACAUUCACAACUAAAGAACUAGAUCCACAAACAAACGAGCCUUUCGAAGCCGAUGAAGGUUUCCAAGAUGAAUAUGAAAUUGAUACUCUCUAUUUAUCCACAGGUGAUUAUAUCAAGAGUUCUUUCAUUGGUAAUUUCACGGCUACUUUUGAUGAAUUACCAAAUGAAGAAGUCGCUGUCUACAAUAUACAAGAAAGCAUUACUCUUCAAGAAGUUGUCGAUAAAUUGAUCACAUCCACAAGUUGUCUACCAUUAGAAAAUACCCAGUUUGUUCAUAGUGACACCAAUUCUCAUAUUUUGAAAUUAUUCGGUAAGAGUGCAUUAAAUGGUUCUAAAGUGGCUCUUGUGAUCAAAUUGAUUAAAAGUUCUAAAGGUAUUGCAUUGAAAGCUCAAGGUAAAGCUGAAAACGCUACUUUAUGUUCUGACUUGGUUAACAAUUUGAUUUAA